AUGAUUGUGACACCUCCGGAUCACGUCAAGGAGGCGCUGCUUCGACCGCAUCUCGGAUUGGACGAAAGUCGAGCAGGCAACACGAUGCAUAAAGAAGAGCUGCCCCCGACCCCGCCGCCAGAAGAGGAAGGCUCGACGGCAGCCUCUUUCCUAGUCAGCACGGGUGCGUCUGCGCUGAGUCUGCUGGGCAGCGGGCUGGUGGUGCUCAGCUCUGCGGCUGUAUCUGCGCUCAUUCCACCGGCUACUGAGGAAGAGACGAAGUCUGCCGAGCCAACUGCGGCCUCGACGUCGGAGACGGCGCCAGAGCCAACUCUCUUGGGCAGCAUCUCGAAUGCCGUCCUCACCCGAGCCUCUUCUCUGGCCAGCACCGCGGCGAACACCCUGGUCGGCUCACCUUCCCCACCUCCCGACCACCACCUGGUCACUCCACCGGGCACACCACCGCGAACGUCCUCCGCCCCACCCCAAGGCGCCAAGAUCAAGCGCUCCUCGACGCUCCCAGUCCAACUCACCGCCUCUGGUGAACCCUUCUCCUCCGAUCCGAGCAUCUCGGCCAUGCAGCGCAUCCCGGACCACUCCUGCGGCUUGCACGCCCACAAUCAGCUGCAGCACUGCUGUUCAGCGCCUGACAUCCUCGAGGACAAACGAGGCAAGGGAGGGCAGUCGGGCAACUUCCAUCGCGUAGAGCAGCUCGUCAAGGGCACCAAGCGCGUCGUCAAGGAUAUCAAGAACGUUCUCUAG